AUGAAAUCAUAUUUUAACUUAAACAUUUGGUACGAGGAUUCAGUGAGGUUGGUGAUCAAAGGCCAGGAUAUUCAACUAGAACGAAUCACCACAAUUCUGACAGCCAUAGAUCUCUCAAGCAACCAUUUUGAAGGUGUAAUUCCGAAAUCGUUGAAAGAUCUUGGCUCACUUUGGCUACUCAAUAUAUCCCAUAACAAUCUCAUAGGAGAUAUUCCAAUGGAAAUGGGGCAAUUGAAUAUGCUUGAAGUGUUAGAUCUCUCUUGGAAUCAGCUCACUGGAAAGAUUCCGCAGGAAUUGACAAGGUUAACAUUUCUGGCAGUCUUAAACCUAUCUCAGAAUUAUCUCGUCGGACCAAUUCCUCGAGGUCCACAAUUCAACACAUUUGAAAAGGACUCGUAUGGUGGCAACCUUGAUUUAUGUGGUCCUCCUUUAUCAAGGCAAUGUGGAACGAGUGAUCCAUCACAUGCUCCUCAACCAUUUGAGUCCGAAGAUGAAGAAGAAAAGUCAUAUUUUUUAAGUGGAUUUACGUGGGAAUCAGUAGUCACAGGCUACGGUUGUGGACUAGUUGGUGGAACUGUAGUGUGGAGCCUCGUGUUUAAAGCUGGUGUCUCUCUAUAUUACAGUGAGCUCACAUUUCAAGCCAAGACAGUUGUAGUGAGAUCAUGUCAGUCUACGCCAGGCGGUUCUCUAUCGAUAGAGUCAGAUUUCCAGGACGACAGAUCAGCUCGUUAG